CAAGUGUAAAAUAUUGGACCUAAAUCCUAAUCCUAUUUUUUGAAUUCAUUUGUAUUGAAGCUCUACUAUAAAGAUCUUGCUAUACAUUCGCGAUAUAGAACAAUGGUUUGAUAAGAAUUGUAAUGUUUCUGAAAGAAUAAUAUACUGGAUGUAAUUUGCAAGCAAUCUACACAAUGAGAAAAUUGCUCAAUAACAUUUGAUAAUGAUUCAAUUCAAAAUGCUAUAUAAAUUUAAAAAUUGCUUUCAAAGCCAUAUUCAUUUGGUUUUUAUAUUUCACUAACAGUGUUAUUUUUAACUUAAGGUGAAAUGAAUAUGCAGAAGCUGUGUCAAAAUCUAAUAGUGAAAAAGUUCAAUAAUUCCGACGUGUUAGUGAACGAAUUCAGGGUAAAAGAAAUUCAAUAUCCUUAUGGCAGUAUUCAUAUCCGUUACAAAAGAAAUGGAAUAGAAGAAACUUGCUCAUUUCUCAAAAAAUCUACAAAAAUAUUUAAGGAGAAAAUGAAUCAACUGGAACAAUUCAAAGUAUCUCAUUUGAAAGAAAAUAUACUUCAGGUUAUACUGAAGGAAUUGGAGGGAAUUUAUAAUGUAAACUUCACACCAGAAAUAUAUUUUGCAAGUCGGGAGCUAAUUGUUUUUGAUCAAGAACCAACGUUAUUACUAAGUUUGGAUUAUAGCGAGAAUCAAUUCAAAAUUGGAUUGUCCACUUUGGCGAAAUUUCACGCAACAAGUGUGGCAUACACUUCUUCAAGAGUUAGAAAUCAUAACAUAGAUAAUAUUGACAUAUUACAAGAAAAUCCGUUGGAUGAGAAAAAUAUCACAGAAAUCUACUCCUUAAUUUCAAAAUACAUCACUGGUUUGACAGAAAUCUAUCCUGAGACUUUCAUAGAUGAUAUUAGUUUACAAGAUAUUGAAGAAAAAUUUAAGGUCAUAUCAAGGAAACUCAACAAGCUCCAGGAAUGUAAGAAAACUUUAAUAAAUGGAAAUUACCGCUAUCAAAACCUGAUUUUCAAUGCAAUUAAUACAGAAUGCAAAAUUGGAGAUUUUUCAUAUGCAGCCUAUCAAUCCCCACUCUUUGAUGUGUUUGAGUACAUUUCCUCAUUCUCAACAAAAUCAAAUUGGAGAAGUAUUACAGAAAGAACAAGAAUUUUAUAUUACGAACUUCUACAAAAUGAAAUGAAAAAAUUGGAUGUUGAUAUAAGCGAAGCUUUUCCAAAAAAGGAAUACGAAGAAACUUUCGAACUCUUGUCACCAAUUAUGAAGAUAAUACAUUACUUGAAACCUAUUCAUGAAAAAUUCAAAUAUUAUGAUCUAAUUACGGACAAUAAUAUUUCUGAUUUAUGUUCUUCUUACAUCGAGUUAUCAGAGAUUUUAAAUGUUCUCAAUUUGAAAUAUAACAGAACAAUUCACUCAAUAAUUUCAUUUGAAGAUUGUUAUAUGGUUUUUAAAAAAAUCAAAAAUAAUGCAUUCAAAUUAUGUUCUUACGAAACCAAACCUCAACAAAGUAAAAAUGGAUUUCUGGGAGAACAUCAUGAUAUGACCAUAGAAAUGGGAAAACAGGGAGAAAAACAUAUAAAGAAUUUUUUCCUCAAAGCGGUGCCUCAGUGUGAAGCACUUCAGGAAUUUGAAAAAAGUGUUGGUUCAUUUUUUAAGGAAACAAUGUUUUACUCCAGAUAUAUUCCGUUACUGAGAGAAUACGGAAUUAAUAUAUUGGACAAAGUGGUACCGGAAUGUUAUUUUGCCGAUAAAUACAAAUAUAUUAUCUUAGAUGAUUUGAAGUCUUAUGGGUAUACAACGCUAUCUCCGCGAUCAGAAAUAAAAAAUGAAGUUGUUUUAUUGACAAUAAAAAUAUUGGCAGCAUUUAAUGCCAGCUGCAUAAUACUUGAAGAAUCAAUUGAAAAGAAAACUGGUUAUAAAUAUAGACUUCCAGAUGAAUUUGGGCAAGAAUUGAAUGAGGCAUUUUAUUCCUUAGAACCAGUCAUUGAGACCCAUAGAAACUCAGGAAAAGGAGGAAUGACAGCUCUCACAGAAUUAAUAUACUUUGAUAAUGGAAGAGACUAUCUUCCAUUCAAAAGUUUAGCUGAAGAGGCGUGUAACGAACAAGUAUAUUUUGCACAACCUUCAAAAAAAUGGAGAAACACCUUAUGUCAUGGAGAUUUUUGGACUAAAAAUUUUAUGAUAAAAUUAGAAGAAAACCAGGUGGAAAACGUAAUGAUGAUUGAUUUUCAAACAUACCGUUAUGCACCUCCAGCACAAGAUCUUAUGGCCUUUAUCUACCUGAACACCAGUAAGAAAUUACGAGAUAGAUUUAUGAAUGAUUGGUUGGAUUCUUAUUAUGAAAUCUUCGCAGAAAAUCUUCAUAAUUACUCCAUAAAUAUAAAUAAUAUUCUGCCAAGAAAAGAUUUCGAUGAAAGCUGCCAAUUUUACAAGCAGUUUGCCAUUACUCAAUCCAUAACGCAUUUUCAAAUCAUUCUUGUUCCCCCGGAAAUCAUAGAUCCUUUAUUGCAAGAUGAAAUGAGAGCCAGAGAAAUUUUUCUAGGAAGCAGAUAUAAUCUGGUUAAAAUGGUAUGGCAAAUAGACGAAAUUUACCGCCAAAAGAUUACCGAAUCUGUAGAAGAACUUGAAAGCUGUUUAAUCACAAAAAUUGAGAAGUAGGAAUGAUUCAAUAUAUUAUUAAACCAAAGAUUAAAUAAUUGUAAGAAAAAAUGUUUUUAGUGAUAAUUUUUCACCUUAAUCACUCUCUUCAAGAGAGAUGCAUCAAUGAAUGUAAUAUUUGGAAUGCCUAGUUUAGUCUGGUAUUUUUCGAGUAAUAAUAAAUUCUAUUU